AGCUGCUGACCUCGUCGUCUUUGCCCUCGCGCUUGGCCGCUCGACGACUCCGCGAAGGAGCGCAAGCAUGACCUCUCUAUCAAUUGUUGCUGUGCGCACGCCAAUCAUUACUGAUGAUAGAUAUCUUGGGAAAACAAGGACUUGCCUGAGAACCCAGCUUGUGAAGCCUAAUCUCUCAUUACCCUGUAUCAAGUGUCAACCAUUUCAACGUAGACAAUCUAAACUAGAAGCUGGGAGGCUGCUGUCUAGAUCACUAAUAUGUGCUGCUAGCUUGAACGCAAGAUGUGCAGCAGAGCAGACACAGACGGUCACACGCCAAUCAUCGACGAUAACUAUUGCUCCCAUCCAAGGGAAGGAAAAGUCACCGGAGCUUGACGAUGGGGGUACAGGAUUUCCACCUCGUAAUGACGAUGGCGGUGGAGGUGGAGGUGGCGGUGGAUGGCACCACUGGUCGGGUGGUUUCUUCUUUUUUGGUCUUCUUGCAUUUCUUGGCCUCCUCAAGGAUCAAGAAAGUGAGGGACCUUACAGGGAUAGGAGAAGAAGAUGACUGAUCCACCCUCAUUGUUGUUAUUUGUAUGAUAAAUGAUAUCAUAUGGGUUUGCCUUCCGCUUAUGAAUAAAACAAAUUGGCUUGCUAUCUGUAAGAUAUGCAGAGGCAGAAAUGCGAUUGGAUAUACAGAAAUUAAAGUAGUUAAAAUUCAUAUUUCAA